AUGGAGGAGCUCCAGACUUUCAAGGACCAGCUCGCACUCGUCAACCUCCAGCUCGAGGCUGACCCCGAAAAUGAGGACCUUCUCACCCUCAAGGCCGAGUUCCUGGAGCUCAUCGAGCUCACCGAGGCUGCUGCCGCCGUUCAGUCGGCUGCAAAGCCCGACAAGGGCAAGGCAAAGGCCAAGGAGCCCACUGCUACCCCGGCCAACAACCUGUGGCAGGAGCAAGGCGAGUACCGUGCUGGAAUGGACUGCAUGGCAAAGUACCACAAGGAUGGCAAAUGGUACCCCGCCAAGAUCAACGCGGUCGUUGGCUCGCAGGACUCACCGCUGUACACCAUCACGUUCAAGGGCUACACCACCUCGACCAACGUUCCCCUCUCCUCGCUCCGACCACACGACCCUACGGCUCCGAUUCCCAAGCCAGUCGUGAAGCGCACCCACGACGACUUGACGGACAAGGAGAAGGAGAAGAAGAAGAAGAAGGGCGAGAAGUGGAUGGCGAGCCAGCAGGCCAAGGCCGAGGACGCGCGCGGCAAGCAAAACGAUUGGCAGAAGUUUGGCAAAAAGGCCGCCAAGAAGGGUAUCCACAUUGCGGGUCUCGAGGGCAAGAGUGUGUUCCGGACAAACAACAACCCCGCAGGACGAGUCGGUGUCGUUGGCUCUGGAAAGGGCAUGACCGAUUACGAGCGCAUGGGCAAGCACAAGUUCGACCAGUCGCGUGACGAAUAA